GCUUAGUAGGACUAGAAAAAGCCUGGAGACUGUAACCACCAGAUCUAACCGGACUGAAGAUGAGAUGAAUAGGACUAAAGAAAGCCUGGAGUCUGUAACUGGCAGGUGUAACCGGACUGAAGAUGAGCUUAGUAGGACUAGAAAAAGCCUGGAGACUGUAACCACCAGAUCUAACCGGACUGAAGAUGAGCUGAAUAGGACUAGAGAAAGCCUGGAGACUGUAACCACCAGAUCUAACCGGACUGAAGAUGAGCUGAAUAGGACUAGAGAAAGCCUGGAGUCUGUAACUGGCAGGUGUAACCGGACUGAAGAUGAGCUUAGUAGGACUAGAAAAAGCCUGGAGACUGUAACCACCAGAUCUAACCUGACUGAAGAAGAGCUGAACACAUGCUCUGUAGAAUUGACGGACACUAAAUCUCAGUUGAAAGGGGCGAUAAAGUUCAGUAAUAUAACUAUGUGGGACAUUCUAUAUACAGAAUCGUUCUAUCAUAAAAUAUUUACUGGGCAACUACUUGAUGAUUUGAAGUCUUGGUCAUGGGAUUUACUGGAGGAAUUCGUUGGAGUAAACGUCACAGAGGGAGUUAUAAAUCACUUACAGAAACAUGAUGUUGGUAAGGCGGAAUGUGGCGCCCAGAUUAGCGACAUUCUAAACAUGUGGGACGAAUUUAUCGGUGUUAAGAUGACCAGAGGUAUUAUCCAACAUUUCAAAGAAAAUCACAAUGACGAUCCUUGUGACGAUUAGUGAGAUAAAAGUGCUACCUCGCUUGAGAGUGUUGGUUGGAUCUUGAGAAGACUCAAUACUAGCGACCACCACCAGACGGUGAAUCAGAUCAU